AUGGCCGCAAAGAUUCCCAGAAACUUCAGGCUUCUUGAGGAGCUUGAGAAGGGAGAAAAGGGCUUGGGAGCAGAGGCGUGCUCCUAUGGUCUUGCGGAUGGCGAGGAUAUGAUGAUGAGCAAUUGGAACGGCACCAUUCUUGGUCCACCCCAUAGCGUCCAUGAGAAUCGGAUAUACAGUGUCCAGAUCCAUUGCGGUCCUGACUAUCCUGAUAACCCCCCAACCAUCCAGUUCAUUUCUCGCGUCAACAUCCCAUGCGUCGACCAGAAAACGGGAAAAGUCGAUCCCGCCAAACUCCCCUGUCUGGCCCAGUGGAAACGCGAAUAUACCAUGGAGACGAUCCUACUUGAGAUCAGAAGGCGAGUGUUUGAGCUCUUAUUUACAUUCCAAGGAUAUCAGACCGAAGAAUGCGAUGGAGAGCAUAACAACGUCUCCUAUACAAGAUGGCUUGAUAACCAGGUGAAAAGUCUGGCACUGUACCGAGCACUCCUCCGCCAGUGCAGCAGAUUGCCAGAUGCAGUACCUGAGCUCCAGUCAUCCAAGUCGCUAAUCCAGCAAAAGUUCCAUAAGUACAAGAACCUUCAAAGCCCGUCACAAACUGUCAAUGCCCUGAAAGCUGGAUAUGAGGCUCUCGACCUACUGCAUUCAGCGUCUCAGGGCAAUGAACAUGACCGUCACCGUAUUGCGACGCUAGUCCUGGAAAGCCAAUCGAUCAGAAAACAGACCGCUGAGUUCAAGAAAAUAUUAGCUAGCACGGUUCAACCAAAGCCUUUAUCCAAGAGAGAACUCAAGAAGGAAGAAUCGAGGCGCUUUCAAGAAAUAACUGCCCGAAGGCAUCCGGACGCGACUCCCAUCCUUUCCCGGCCCCGAUCCGUCGUGAAUGGAAAACGUCGUAUCCCUGUGCUCGUCAGCGCGCGUGGAAUCCCUUUUUUGCGCAUCAAGAAGCCCCAGCCCAAGAAUCUGAGCGGAGUUAUUCGGACGAAACUCGAUAAGCGCUGGCGCCGGAUAGAGCGCCGGGAAAGACUCGGUGUAGAAAUACUAUUCGCCAAGGACGAGGAUGAUUGGGAUCAGUUGACUCUUGAUCAGACAGAGACAGAGACAUGGGCUGGAGAAAUCAAGAAAGCAUUGGACGAGGUAAACACGAAUCUGAAGGAGUCAGAUUUGAAGAAUAAGGAGCUUGCGGAGGCGAUGUGGCAAGUCGUCCUUGCGGAACGCAAAUUGGCCGCGGAAGAAGAAACACAAAGGUCGACCCAAAGAUGA